AGUCCAAGCAGUCUCUCCACUUUCCCCACCGUCCCCUUUAUAUUCUGGCCUGUCGCCUCACUUCCACAUGAAUCCGGCGAGCUUUGAUGCCGUAAGAGUGGGAAUUUGAAACCAUGGAGAGGGACAAUGGGGUAAAUCACGCAUACGUGGGGAGGGACGUCAGUGCUCUCAGUAUCAAUGACCACUCCUCGGCUUUUAGCGACUGUAACAGUGAUAGAUCUGGUGAAUUUCCGAUGGCUUCUGCCGAGAGCCGGAGACUACUCAUAGCCUGCGCCUCGGAGAACUCGGACGAGCUGAUCCGUCAACUCGUCUCUGACCUAGAGUCCUGUUCAAUUGAAGAGCAAAAGCAAGCAGCCAUGGAGAUCAGACUCCUCACCAAGAAUAAACCGGAAAAUAGGCUCAAAAUCGCCAAAGCCGGGGCUGUGAAACCGUUGAUUUCUUUGGUUUCUUCCACUGAUCCUCAUCUUCAGGAACACGGCGUCACGGCAAUUCUGAAUCUCUCGCUGUGCGACGAGAACAAAGAAUUGCUAGCUUCUUACGGAGCGAUUAAGCCUCUGGUUCGAGCCCUGAGGACAGGAACUUCAACAGCCAAAGAGAACGCAGCCUGUGCUCUGCUUCGGAUAUCGCAAGUGGAAGAGAAUAAGAUUCCAAUCGGGCGGUCGGGAGCAAUUCCCCUCCUGGUGAAUCUUUUGGAGAACGGAGGAUCCCGAGGGAAAAAGGACGCGUCGACUGCACUGUACUCUCUAUGCUCGGAGAAGGAGAACAAGGUCAAGGCUGUCCAAGCUGGAAUCAUGAAGUCGCUGGUGGAAUUGAUGGCGGAUUUCGACUCAAACAUGGUGGAUAAGUCAGCUUACGUGCUGAGCCUACUGGUAUCUGUACCGGAAGCGAGGACAGCGUUGGUGGACGAAGGGGGUAUUCCGGUUCUGGUGGAGAUAAUCGAGGUGGGGUCCCAGAGACAAAAGGAGAUCGCGGUGGCCAUCUUGUUGCAGGUUUGUGAGGAUAGGGUGGCGUACCGUACUAUGGUGGCCCGCGAAGGAGCGAUUCCUCCCUUGGUGGCCUUGUCCCAGUCCGGCACCAAUAGCGCCAAGAAAAAGGCGGAGACACUGAUAGAGCUUCUACGGCGACCAAGAUCCGAUAGCAUCAGUGCCAAAGCGAAAGGGAAAGCGAAAGAGGUGUUCGUAUAAAUUAAUAUACAUGAAGAUAUACAUAUAAUAUUUUUUAUAAUUUUUUAUACAAUUAUGUUUUAAAUUGAGGAUAUUUCUAUCAAACGAUCAAACGAUGUUACUUUAACGAAUGAUUUGAUAAAAAUACUCCUCAUUUAAAAUAAGAUUAUGUAAAAAAUUAUAAAAAUAAUUAUAUGUAAAUCUUAUUUCAUAUAUUCCCACGCUUGCGCAUGUAGUCAUCACACAUAGAAAAGAGUUAGAAUAAAAUGAAAAACUGAAUUGUAAAUAUAUAUCUAUGAAUCGGGGAGGAGUCUGUACAGUUCAUUAUAAAAAGGUGGUCGAUGUUGUUGCUUUGCUGUGUCGGUUUUGCUUUCUUUAUUGCAUUUUGCGUAGAAAUUGGAGUACUAACUCCUUCGUAUGGGUAUGAGUUUCAAUAUGAUGUGACGUGGGGUUAAUAAAGUCUAAUUGAAAGGUAA